CAGACAUCACCAAGCUUCCAACGUGCAGCAUCAGCAACAUUUUUCAUUUAUUUAUUUUUUUGUCUUUCUUUCCACAGGAUUGGUGAAGGAAGGAAGCUGCGGCUGCGGCGUGUGGAGGGUUAACUUUCACCAUUGUCAGCCCGAAAGGGGGGCUUUUUUUGGGGGGGUGGAGGAAGAGGAGGAGGAGGAGGAGGAGGGAGGCGAUGAGCUAAAAGAUGCCGGGGUCGCUGAGCAAUGAAGACGAGGCACAGGACGACAUGGACUUUGAAGACGAGAUGCCAGACGAGGAGGACGUGUGCGCCACGCUUCCUCUCGCCUCCAUCGGCAGCUUCUUCUCGGACGACGACUCCCUCAAACAGCAGAAGAAGAAGAAGAGCAAAAAGAUGAGAGAGGGAAAAGUGCCUAAAAUGAAAAAGCGGAAAAAGGAGGGCGCCAUCCCAGCCAGCGUGGACAGCGAGCAAGACCGGACGUCGGAGGUGGAGGAGGAGCGUGUCGCCGACAGAGGCUCCGAGAGCGAUAGCAGCAUGUUCAGCCCCACCAAGAAGAAGAAGAAGAAACCCAAGGAGAAGAAGGAGAGGAAGCCCAGGAAGAAGAAAAGAGACGAGGAAGACGAAGAAGAGGACGACGGGAGCAUGAAAGAGCCCAAAUCCUCCAGCCAGCUGAUGCAGGAGUGGGGCCUGGAGGACGUCCAGUACGGCUUCACUGAGGACGACUACAAGACCAUCACCAACUACAAGGCUUUCAGCCAGUUCCUCAGGCCUCUCAUAGCCAAGAAGAACCCCAAGAUCCCUAUGUCCAAGAUGAUGACAGUGCUGGGGGCCAAGUGGCGGGAGUUCAGCGCCAACAACCCUUUCAAGGGCGCCUCCGCAACCGCCGUGGCUGCCGCCGUGGCCGCCGCCGUGGAAACUGUUACUGUGGCUCCGCCGAACUCUGUCGGCCAGCUCGGCGCUCAGCCGGGGCCCGUCAAAAAAGCCAAAACCAAAGAGGGUAAAGGUCCUGGAGUUCGAAAGAGAAGCAAGACUGUGAAAGACGUGAAGAAGAAAGUGAAGCCCAAGAAGACCAAAUCCAAGUCGGGACAAAGUGGGAAGAAGAAGAAGGCGUCCUCGAGCGAGGAGGACUUCCUGGAGGAGUCCGACUUUGACGACAUCAGCAUCCUCAGUGCCUCCGUGCUUUGUGACACCUUGGGGGCCGCCGCUAAGAAAAAGGCCCGACGCGGGCGCAAAAAAAGAAAAAGGGAGGACGGUGACGGCUACGAGACAGACCACCAGGACUACUGUGAGGUGUGUCAGCAGGGCGGCGAGAUCAUCCUGUGCGACACCUGUCCCCGAGCGUACCACCUGGUGUGCCUGGAGCCCGAGUUGGAGAAGGCCCCCGAGGGCAAAUGGAGCUGCCCACACUGUGAGAAGGAGGGCAUCCAGUGGGAGGCCAAAGACGAGGAGGACGAGGAAGAGGAGGAGGCGGUGGCCCGGGAGGAAGAAGACGACCACAUGGAGUUUUGCCGCGUGUGUAAAGACGGAGGAGAGCUGCUGUGCUGCGACACCUGCCCGUCGUCCUACCACAUCCACUGCCUCAACCCGCCGCUGCCCGAGAUACCCAACGGGGAGUGGUUGUGUCCACGCUGCAUGUGCCCUCCCCUGAAAGGCAAAGUACAAAAGGUUCUUCACUGGAUGUGGGGCGAGGCGCCACUGCCCCCUGACCCGCCCCUAGGACCGGACGGCCAGCCCGGCGCAGACCCGCUCAGCAGGCCUCCACUCAAGGGCCACCCCGAGAGGGAGUUCUUCGUCAAGUGGGCCGCUCUCUCCUACUGGCACUGCUCCUGGGUCAGCGAGCUGCAGUUGGAGCUCUACCACACCGUCAUGUACCGGAACUACCAACGCAAAAACGACAUGGACGAGCCCCCGCCGUAUGACUACGGCUCCGGCGAGGAGGAGCUCAACAACGAGAAGAGGAAGAGCAAAGACCCCCAGUACGCCGCCAUGGAGGAGCGCUUCUACCGAUACGGAAUCAAACCCGAGUGGCUGGUCAUCCACCGCGUACUCAACCACAGCCUGGAUAAAGACGAGGAGGUGCAUUACCUGAUCAAGUGGAGGGACCUCCCUUACGACCAGUGCACCUGGGAGGUGGACCACUUUGACGUGCCAGAAUACCACCGCCAUAAAGCUUCCUACUGGGACCACAGGGAGCAAAUCUUAGGGGAGGACCAACGCCCGCUGGUGGUGAGAAAGGAUAAGAACCUCAAAGAGGACCACGGAAAGAGGGAGAUUCCUCCAGACGCUCCCAUCAUUGACCCAACGAUCAAGUUUGAGCACCAGCCGUGGUACAUCAACGCCACCGGGGGGACGCUGCACCCGUACCAGCUGGAGGGCCUGAACUGGUUGAGGUUCUCCUGGGCGCAGGGCACCGACACCAUCCUGGCCGACGAGAUGGGUCUGGGGAAGACGGUGCAGACCAUCGUGUUCCUCUACUCCCUUUACAAAGAGGGCCACUCCAAGGGACCCUUCCUGGUGAGCGCGCCCCUCUCCACCAUCAUCAACUGGGAGCGGGAAUUUGAGAUGUGGGCUCCGGAUUUUUACGUGCUGACGUACAUCGGCGACAAGGACAGCCGCGCCAUCAUCCGGGAGAACGAGUUCACCUACGAGGACAGCGCGGUCAAGCUGGGACGGAAGGCCUUCCGCAUGAAGAAAGACACGCCCAUCAAGUUCCACGUGCUGCUGACCUCCUACGAGUUGAUCACCAUUGAUCAGGCCAUCUUGGGCUCCAUCACCUGGGCCUGCCUGGUGGUGGACGAGGCCCACAGGCUGAAGAACAACCAGUCGAAGUUUUUCAGAAUCCUCAACGGAUACAAGAUCUACUACAAGCUGCUGCUCACUGGGACGCCGCUUCAGAACAACCUGGAGGAGCUUUUCCACCUUCUCAACUUCCUCACUCCGGAGCGCUUCAAUAACCUGGAGGGCUUCCUGGAGGAGUUUGCCGACAUCUCCAAGGAGGACCAGAUCAAGAAGCUCCACGACCUGCUGGGGCCGCACAUGCUGCGCAGGCUCAAGGCCGACGUCUUCAAGAACAUGCCCUCCAAGACCGAGCUGAUCGUCAGGGUGGAGCUCAGUCCCAUGCAGAAGAAGUACUACAAGUUCAUCUUGACAAGGAACUUUGAGGCGCUCAACUCCAAAGGCGGAGGCAACCAAGUAUCCCUGCUCAACAUCAUGAUGGACCUGAAGAAGUGCUGCAACCACCCCUACCUCUUCCCCGUGGCUGCUGUGGAGGCUCCGGUCUUGCCCAACGGCUCGUACGACGGCAACCAGCUGGUCAAGUCCUCGGGCAAACUGACGCUCCUUCAGAAGAUGCUGAAGAAGCUGAAAGACGAAGGCCACCGCGUUCUCAUCUUCUCACAGAUGACAAAGAUGUUGGAUCUGCUGGAGGACUUCCUGGAGUUCGAGGGCUACAAAUAUGAACGCAUCGACGGCGGCAUCACUGGAGGUCUGAGGCAGGAGGCCAUCGACCGCUUCAACGCACCAGGAGCUCAGCAGUUCUGCUUCCUGCUGUCCACGCGAGCCGGAGGACUUGGCAUCAACCUGGCCAGCGCCGACACCGUCAUCAUCUACGACUCGGACUGGAACCCUCACAACGACAUCCAAGCUUUCAGCAGAGCGCACCGCAUCGGUCAGAACAGGAAGGUGAUGAUCUACCGCUUUGUGACGCGCGGCUCGGUGGAGGAGAGGAUCACGCAGGUGGCCAAGAGGAAGAUGAUGCUGACCCACCUGGUGGUCCGACCCGGCCUGGGCUCCAAAACCGGAUCCAUGUCCAAGCAGGAGCUGGACGACAUCCUCAAGUUCGGAACGGAGGAGCUGUUCAAGGACGAGAUGGAGGCGGCUCGGACCAUGGGGGACAACAAAGACGGCGAGGAAGGCAACGUGAUCCACUACGACGACGACGCCAUCUCCAAGCUGCUGGACCGCAGCCAAGACGCCACGGAAGACACGGAGAUCCAGAACAUGAACGAGUACCUGAGCUCCUUCAAGGUGGCCCAGUAUGUGGUGAAGGAGGAGGAUGGAGAGGAGGAGGUGGAGCGUGAGAUCAUCAAGCAGGAAGAGAACGUGGAUCCUGAUUACUGGGAGAAACUCCUGCGCCAUCACUAUGAGCAGCAGCAGGAGGACUUGGCACGCAACCUGGGCAAGGGCAAACGCAUCCGCAAGCAGGUCAACUACAACGACACCACCCAGGAGGACCAAGACAACCAGUCGGAGUACUCUGUGGGGUCCGAGGACGAGGACGAAGACUUCGAGGAGAGGCCUGAAGGUGGGCGCCGACACUCUCGCAGACACCUGAGGAACGAGAAGGACAAACCUCUGCCGCCCCUGCUGGCGCGUGUUGGCGGCAGCAUCGAGGUGCUGGGCUUCAACACGCGGCAGAGGAAGGCUUUUCUGAACGCAAUCAUGCGCUGGGGCAUGCCCCCGCAGGACGCCUUCACCUCCCACUGGCUGGUGCGCGACCUGAGAGGGAAGAGUGAGCGCGAGUUCAGGGCCUACGUGUCUCUAUUCAUGAGACAUCUGUGCGAGCCGGGUGCCGACGGAGCCGAGACGUUCGCCGACGGCGUGCCGCGAGAAGGUCUCUCUCGCCAGCACGUGCUCACCAGGAUUGGAGUCAUGUCGCUGGUCAGGAAAAAGGUGCAAGAGUUUGAGCAUGUCAACGGGAAGCUGAGUUCUCCAGACCUGAUCCCCAUCGGCAUGGAGCUCAAGAAGCUGACGGAGAGUGUGUCGUCCGAUCCUAACACGCCUCUGCAGGCCAGUCCGCUCGCCACGCAGCCCGGGACGCCGGUUCCAGCAGAGAAGUCGGAGUGUCCCGCUGAGGACAAGGACGCCAGCCAGCAAGAAAGUAAGAAACAGACUGAGCAGGAAGCCUCUGCAGAGGCAGCAGGGGAGCGCGUCUGUGGGGAGGAGCCAGCCACGCGGGCACGCCAGGAGGCGGAGCCAGCCACGAGGGCACGCCAGGAGGAGGAGACAGCCACACGGGCACGCCAGGAGGAGGAGCCAACCACGAGGACACGCCAAGAGGCGGAGCCAGCCACGCGGACACGACAGGAGGAGGAGCCGGCCACGCGGACACGCCAGGAGGAGGAGCCGGUGGGCGAGGGCAAGGAGAGCAAGGUGGACUGUGAGGAAAAAAGAGGCGUAAAGGAGACGGACAGGAGCCAGGCGUCCUGCAAAGCCAGCGAGAAGACAACGUCCGGGCAGAACUCGCCUCAAAAGGAGCCGGAGAAGCUAUCAGAGAGAGGAGAUGCUGAGGAGAAGGAAAACAAAGCUGUCCUUCAUGCAGAUGAGGUGAAAGGCGGAGACGCUGCGGACGGGCGUGUCAACGGCGACAAGGACGCGCUGGAGGAAGUGGAGGAGGGCAGGAAGGAAGUGGAGGAGGGCAGGAAGGAAGAGAAAAAUGGAUUCAAGGCAAAGUUCAUGUUUAAUAUUGCAGAUGGAGGUUUUACAGAGUUACACACCCUGUGGCAGACGGAGGAGCGGGCGGCGUUGUCGUCGGGAAAGAUGCACGACAUCUGGCACCGUCGCCAUGACUACUGGCUGUUGGCGGGCAUCGUCACGCACGGUUACGCCCGCUGGCAGGAUAUCCAGAACGAUCCACGCUACGCCAUCCUCAACGAACCCUUCAAGACGGAGAUGCACAAGAGCAACUACUUGGAGAUGAAAAACAAGUUCCUGGCUCGACGCUUUAAGUUGUUGGAGCAGGCGCUGGUGAUCGAGGAGCAGCUGAGGCGGGCGGCCUACCUGAACAUGAGCCAGGACCCCAGCCACCCGGCCAUGGCUCUCAACACCCGCUUCACCGAGGUGGAAUGUCUGGCCGAGUCCCACCAGCACCUGUCCAAAGAGUCCCUCGGCGGGAACAAGCCGGCCAACGCCGUGCUGCACAAAGUGCUAAACCAGCUGGAAGAGCUCCUGAGCGACAUGAAGGCGGACGUGACGCGACUGCCCAACAUGCUGUCCCGCAUCCCGCCCGUCUCCGCCCGCCUGCACAUGUCCGAGCGCAGCAUCCUCAGCCGUCUCACCAGCCGGGGCAGCGAACCCCCGCCGCAGCAGACUUUCAGCCAGGGAGGUUUUGCCUGCUCCCAGAUGUACGGCAGCACCUUCAGCGCCGCAUUCAGGGGCCCAGGUGGACAAGCCAUGGUCAAUUACAGUCAGAUGCCUCUGGGGCCCUACGUCAGCGUGUCAAACGGCCCGCCCCCCAGCCACCUGGACAAGAAGACCUUCGAGUCCCUGAGAGACGUGGCCACGCCCGACCUCAAGUUGGGCAAAGCCGGCGACGUCAUCUGCAUCGAGGACUAAAGCGGCGGCCACCUCCUGGGUCGGGACCAUGGAGGACUAAAGUGGCGGCCACCUCCUGGGUCGGGACCAUGGAGGACUAAAGCGACCGCUACCUCCUGGGUCGGGACCACACCUUCUCCUCUUUAACCAGCUCCCUCUCUUUUCCUUUGGCAGACACGUAUGAAGCAGAAGAAUUGCACUUUUUACCUUUCAGGAGUCCUUUUUUUUGUUUUGUUUGAAACUCAACGUUUUGAGGGUGUAGACCUUGGACAUGUUGUUCCCAUGCCGGGCUUCAUCUGAUCCUAAAUGUCUUUUUUCAGACUCUUUGGAGCGCUGAGGAAACUUUAUUAAGACGAGGAGAAGAAUUAGUGUUGUUGUAAGAGGGCAUUGGGCCUGGAAGUGUGCCACCUGCUGGUGUUCUGCAGGAAGUGCCCUCUUUCUUUACCUCAUGUGAACAUCUGCAGGGGAGGAUUCCACCCCUACCAUCCAUGUGAGUCCUUCUCCCUUUGAAUGUUUCAAGUGGUGGCUGCACUAUAAACUCUUGUGGACAAUUUUGCCUCGUUAAAAGUGACGGGUGGUCUUAUUAAUUGAAGCGUUUCAUUGGCCGGUCUGCUUUCUGUUCUGACCUACUCACUGACUGCAAGUGACUCCUGUUCCUCUUGUCACAUGACUUAGGACUGUGAUGGCCCUCCGGGUCAUAAACCUCACAUUUCAGGCCAGUACCUUUCUUUUAAGCACACCAGGGGCCUCAUGUAACCAGAAUUGCGCUGCGUUCCGACUAAAAACGGACGUGCAUUCAAAUCCUGUCAAAAUUCAGAUGUAUUGACGCGAGCAAAUUUCUUUUUUAUGUCACAAUCAAGGUGGAAUUGAUCUCAGGAGGCCACGCCCCCUUUUAAAUACGCAGUUCAUAUGGGCCUCACAGCUUCAUGUACUGUCAACAGAGGUGGGUAGAGUAGCCAGAAAUUGUACUCAAGUAAGACUACUGUUACUUUAGAGAUGUAUUACUCAAGUAAAAGUAAAGAGUAGUCACCCAAAUAUUUACUUGAGUAAAAGUAAAAAGUAUGUUGUAAAAAAACUACUCAAGUACUGAGUAACUGAUGAGUAACCUGUUCGUUUAAUGAUGACGGCAACAAAUAAUGCACAAAAACAUAAAAAUAGCAAUGAGCAAAUUCAGAGCCAGGAAUAUCUCUUAAGCAACUAAAACAAUAAUAUAUAUUAAAUAAUAAUACAUUAACAUAAAAAAAAUGAAGGAAAAUUGAGCCACAAUAACUUAACAGCACCAUAGGCUCAGUAGGCAGAGAUUACAAAGGAAAAUAACAAGUUAGCCUUUACGCAAACCAUAAACUGAUAGGUGUGGGCUGCAUCUGGGAACACACUGUGCACUUCUGAUUGGUGUUUGUAUGCAUGCGUGUGUGUGUGUGUGUGUCUGUCUAUGAGGCUGCAGUGCGUUAAUAAAUGUUCCCACACGAUGUACAUUUGACAGUGAUUCAUAGCAGGGAAGCUAACAUCAGCCUACGGUGACAGACAAAAUAUCUACUAACGUUACUUACCGCCAUGUGCUUCCUCAAAUUUGACGUUGAGUUCAUGUAAGCUUGUUGUUGUUUGCCGCUAAAACUUUAUGUGCAGUUAAUCAUGUGACCUCCUGGCUCUGUUUGAUUGGUGAAACGGAGUCAAACGUCACUAGUGACUGCAUUUGAUUGGCGAAACGGAGUCAAACGUCACCAGUGACUGCAUUUGAUUGGUGAAACGGAGUCAAACGUCAUCAGUGACUGCAUUUGAUUGGUGAAACAGAGUCAAACGUCACCAGUGACUAUUUGAUUGGUGAAACAGAGUCAAACGUCACCAGUGAUUGUAUUUGAUUGGUGAAACAGAGUCAAACGUCACCAGUGACUGUAUUUGAUUGGUGAAACGGAGUCAAACGUCACCAGUGACUGUAUUUGAUUGGUGAAACGGAGUCAAACGUCACCAGUGACUGUAUUUGAUUGGUGAAACGGAGUCAAACGUCACCAGUGACUGCAUUUGAUUGGUGAAACGGAGUCAAACGUGACCAGUGACUGUAUUUGAUUGGUGAAACGGAGUCAAACGUCACCAGUGACUGUAUUUGAUUGGUGAAACGGAGUCAAACGUCACCAGUGACUGUAUUUGAUUGGUGAAACGGAGUCAAACGUCACCAGUGACUGCAUUUGAUUGGUGAAAUGGAGUCAAACGUCACCAGUGAGUGUAUUUGAUUGGUGAAACGCAGGCAUGCGAUAGAUUCUACUUUGAAGGUCUGUCUGACAAACCAAAACAAACAAAGCGUGCAUUAAGAGAUGGAUAAAAAUCAGUAGCGAGUAGCGAGCUGAAUGUAGAUAAAUGGAGCGGAGUAAAAGUAGUCUUUCUUCUCUAUAAAUGUACUCAAGUAGAAGUAAAAGUAUGUUGCAUUAAAACUACUCUUAGAAGUACAAUUUAUCCCAAAAGUUACUCAAGUAGAUGUAAUGGAGUAAAUGUAGCGCGUUACUACCCACCUCUGACUGUCAACAUGGCAGCAUAUCACCAAGGAUACGAGAGACUCUUGUUUGAUUACUCAAUUUAUGAUUACAAUGCAGGAAAGCUUCUCGCUUUACUAAUCCUUCUGCGUCUCCGGUCCGCCUGAAAUGGAGUCAGGGGAACACGUCUUGUUAGCAGUAGCUGCAAAAUGAUGGCCUAGAUCAGGGGUCGGCAACCCAAAAUGUUGAACGAGCCAUAUUGGACCAAAAAUACAAAAACAAAUCUGUUUGGAGCCGCAAAAAAUAAAAGCCUUAUUUAAGUGUCAUAAUGAAGGAAAUACAUGAUACAAGUGUCUAUAUUAUCUAUAUUAGCCUACUAUCAAAAUGACUAUGUGUCGCAGGCUGAAAAAAUCUUCGUUGACAGAAAUGUUGAAAUGUAAUAUUUAUUCUACACAUUUUUACAACAUUAGAAACCAUUAGUAAAUCAGAGGCUACUCAGAAGGUGAGAUAACUCCUGGAAAUGACUGGCUUUUAAUGGCCAAAUGUAUAUAUGUGUGUUGCUGUCUCCUUUUAAUAGAUGUAUUACAAUCUUUGGCAAGCUAGCUGUUUGCUGUGGUCUGGAACAACAUGGCACACAAACAACUAUCUGAAAUGCAGCCAAUAUCACAUACAGAUAAUGUGUCAUGAGACAUGCAAAUAUAAAUUAAAUACACAGAGGACAUAAGUAAAGGUAACUAAAUGAGCUCAAAUAUAGCUACAAAUGAGGCAUAAUGAUGCAAUAUGUACACACAGCGAGUCUAAAUAGCAUGUUAGCAUGGAUUAGCUUGCAGUCAUGGACUGACCAAAUCACUCCAACAAGUCAAUAACAUCAACAAAGCUCACCUUUGUGCAUUCACGCACAGCAUAAAAUGUUUGGGAGACAUAAUGAGACAAAGAAAGGGUAGCAUAAAACACGUCUUUCUGUGGCAGCAUCGGAGAAAGUUGUACAUGUAAACAAACUACGAUGAGUUCGAGCAUCGCUGAAAUUAGUAGGACAAAGCGGUGCUUGCCAAAUGCUCUCAUCAGUGAAGCAUGUAUAACAUAAACAGUGGGAUUUCUAACAAUUAGGAAGGUUUGUGUCUUGUUUGUUCUCCUACGGAAAAAAUAUUAUAACAAAAAAUAUAUAUUUUUCUUAAUCUUUUUCCAUUUUCGCACAUCUCUGAAAGAGGUGCAGAGAGCCACUAGGGCGGCGCUAAAGAGCCGCAGGUUGCCGACCCCCAGCCUAGAUAAAUCAAUAUGUCCUCACAAAUAUGAAUAUGAUGAAAUGCUCUAGCCAGCAUGUUCCAAUGCAAAAUAAAAACAACUUUAGUCUUCUUGUCUCUCAGAAUGAUUGUGAACGCCAAAUCCCCCAAAAAGUGCAGUUCCCCUUUAAAUGAGGCCCCUGGUGACCGAGGUCUUUUUGUUGUUGAAUCAAGAAUUCUAUUUUAAAAUAUGGAGCCAUUCCGGGUGUUAGUCGAGGGUCAAUGAUCAGUUAAGCAGUUUAAAAAAAAAAAAAAAAGAUUUCCUCUGUGAGAAGUUUUAUGUAAUAAAUGAUGUCCGAGGCAAGACGCUUGAGGUCAGAGGUCACACUAAUCGGCUUCUUUCAGAAUGUUUUCAUCACCUUUGCUAAUUAGUGAAGCUUGGAGGAUACGCACAGUUUACGUUUAUUUACAUAAACACUGGAAAAAACUCACAAUCUCCCCACGUGAGCAUUUCUCAUUUCCUGUCAAAAUAUGUAAACAAACUCAGAAGAAGUCGCUGAAUGGUCACUUUCUGUAUGAACUGGCUUUUAGGCAGGAAAACAACAAAUAAUUUGUUCAAACACACACAACUACAACUAAUAAUACCUUUUAAUUGCUCAUUUCUUAUUUCAACAAAUCUUACCAAAACCAUUUUGACUUGUUUUUUUGCUCAUUUAAGUUAUUUUGCUUGUAUUGAGCAAACAAUUCUUUUGAUUUUUUUUUAAUUAAUAAAUUAAAUAAAUGUAGAAAUAUAUACUUGGUGAUAUUGUGAGUUUUCCCAGUGAUAAACUUUUCUGUCCAGUUUAGCCAGUUUGCUCAUUUUCAACUGUAAUACAAGUAGGGGUGUUUCACUUCCGGCCCGAUACCGAUGAUUGGAGCAUAACGUUUGGCCUAGCACGAUAUCAGCAGGCAUCAUGGUACAUACCUGUAUUACUUUGUAGUGUAGAAUGUUAGAAAGUACUUGAUCAACAAUACUAACAUUACGACGUCAAUGUUAAUUUGUUGUUUUGGUGACACCUAGUGGUCACAGGAAUUCAUUAACAUACAGUUGGGAAGGGGUUCAUAUGGCCCUGUUCCUGGGUGGAUCUCGCGUGAGAGGAAGAGGGUGAGGGCGGUUAGUCAUUUUGCAGUGCAAUUCACGAUAUUCAACACUCUAAACCACAGGUGUCAAACUCAAGGCCCGGGGGCCAAAACUGGCCCGCCACAUUAUUUUAUGUGGCCCACGAAAGCUUGGAAAUAAUAUAUAAUUUAAUAAAAUGCUUAAUCUUUUCUUACUAAAUAUAUUUGUUCUUUCCCUUUUGAUAUUAAAAAUCAUGUACUGCAUUCAAUUGCCUAUCUUUUAAAAUUCAAUAUUAUCAAAAUCAAAAUAUUAUAUUAUGUAUUCCAAAAAUAUUUUUUGCUAAAAUAAAGAUAAAUACUGUACUUAAUAUCUGCUUGACUUAUGAUUUCAAAACAAAUUAUCACUCAAAUUGUAGACUGUAAAAUUUACAAUAGAUUUUACAGGUAAAUUCCGACUGAGUUUUUUUUACCGUAAAAUCUACUUUGGUACUGUACAACUUUGGUACAAAAAAAACAUUAAAACAAGAUUUUACGGUAAAGAAAAACAACUUGGCAGCUCUGUUGCUUGAAUUUUACAGCUAAAAACAGGGUUAUUGUUUUUCCAUCCCAUAAAUAAACAUUGAUUGAUUGAUUGAUUGAUUUACUAUAACAUUUUUUUAUUUAUAUGCUGUAAAAAAAAAAAAAACACUGCUUUUACUGUAAAAUUCUCGUGACUGAACUGCCAGUUUUUAAAGUAAAAUGUAAAUAUUUUUUUUGCAGCUUAUGUAAAAAAAUAAAUAAAUAAAAUAAAAUAAUAAUUAAAAAAAAAAAAAAAAAAAA